CCAAACUCCAACAUCUUCCAAUUUCGUGUUUUCGGUCUAUUUCCUACAAAAUCGGAGCUAUUUGCGAAAGUCAAUUUCCAGAAAAACUCACUCUCCCAUCACAACCUUGAAUUUCGCUAUAUUGUCUAUAAAUACUUCAAUUCUGAGCUCUGUUCACGUCAUAAAACCCUAGAAAUCAAUGGCGGAUUCAGAUAACGAGUCCGGAGGCCACAAAAAUGACAACGCUGGUAGCGAGCUUUCUCCAAGAGAGCAAGACCGUUUGCUGCCAAUCGCAAACGUGAGCCGAAUCAUGAAGAAAGCAUUGCCAGCGAACGCGAAGAUCUCGAAGGAUGCAAAAGAGACCGUACAAGAGUGCGUCUCGGAGUUCAUCAGCUUCAUCACCGGGGAGGCCUCCGAUAAAUGUCAAAGAGAGAAGCGAAAGACCAUCAACGGCGACGAUUUGCUGUGGGCCAUGACGACGUUAGGGUUCGAAGAGUACGUGGAGCCUUUGAAGAUUUAUUUGCAGAGGUUUAGGGAUUUGGAGGGUGAGAAAAUGGCGAUGGCUGGUCGGCCGGAGAAGGAUGGAGGUGGAGGAGGAGGUGCAGGUGCAAGUGGUGGAGGGAAUGCCAUUGCUGUGAAUAUAGCAAAUAGUGGGGGUGGAUUUGGUGAGACUGGCAUGUAUGGUGGGAUGGCGUCGAAUAUGAUGAUGAUGGGGCAUCCUCAUCAUCAAGGACACGUUUACGGAUCUACGGGAUAUACCCAUAUGUCUGUUAAUGGACCUGGGAAGAGUGGGUCGGGUUAUCCUGGAUCCGGGUCUCCUACUACUGGGAGACCAAGGUAAGCUUUUAAUAUUCAAGUGGAGGUGGCGGCCGUGGGAACCUUAUCUUAUACGUCUGAUUUUUAUUGGGCACUCUUGGUGGGUGCUCUCAUUAGUAGUUCUUUUUGGCCUUUUUGGUGUUUGGAUAAUAGUAUAGUUAUUGCUUAAGAGGUAGGUUUUGAGUUCAAAAAAAGAAAAAGAAAAAGAGAGUGGAGUUAGAUUGUGAAUAUUUUUAUUCUAUGGGUGGUUAAACGUGCUUGAUUGUAAUUGGGAGUGAAAUUAAUAAUAGCAAAAUGGAGUAUGCAAUCAACGUUGACUAGUGACAUAUGUAUAUGAUAUAAAUAAUAAUGUUAUCAUGAUAAUGCUGAUGGGGUCCCGUGAUACACGCG